UGUGUAGCAAAGUUCAAUAGAUAUAUUUUUAGGAAAAUGGCAAUACCUUGCUAUCUCAAUGUCAUAAUAGAACGAACUUUGAUGUUAUUAUAAUAUGAUAUUUAUUUUGCAUUUUUGUUGAUCUAUAGAAAUUGCUUCUAAAAAUUUAAGCUAUUUUACGAACGAAAUAAAAAAUGGACGCAACAUAGUCAUAUAUUAGAAAUGGAAUUAAAUGGAAUGCAUGUAUGAGAUAUAUUGAAUACAUCAGGGAUAAAUUUUGAAGGCGAUUUUAUAACCCAAGUCAACAAUAUAUUGCAGUAUAUUAGAAUGAGUAAGGAGGAUGUUCAACAUAUGCAAAAUCUCUUUGAAGAAUUAGAAGACAUUUUUGAAAAAAUAUGGCAUGGUUGUCAGUUUGAAGUGUUCGGUUCAGUAGUAACGGGGCUGGCGCUGAAAAACAGCGAUCUGGACCUACUUUGUCAUCUUCGUCCUUGGUUCAACCAACCGAGAGCUGUUUAUGUUAUCCAAGCGAGGAAAAUUCUUAAAUCAUACAGCACGAGAUUUCGAAACGUAUUAGCUAUAACUAAAGCGAAAGUGCCCAUUGUAAAGUUCUACCACAUCCCGACCCAAAGACGUUGCGACCUCAGCUUCUCCGGCCCCCUGGCGGCGCACAACAGCCAGCUGCUGGAGUACUACAUGCUGAGCGACGAGCGCGUGCUGCAACUGGCCCUCAUUGUCAAAUACUGGUCCAAAAUACAUCACUUCACCGGGGAGAAUCUCAUGCCAAAUUACUGUUUGACGUUACUUGUUGUCUUUUAUUUGCAGCAGAAGAACAUUUUAUGUCCGUUCAUUUCUCUACAGCAAAAAGAUGACGUGAGAAUAGUUGACGUUUGGAAUACGGCAUUUACUAGAAUACCAAACAAAUGUGACACCACCGAGAGCUUGUAUUCGCUGCUAGGGGGAUUUUUUAAGUAUUACCAUAAUUUAAAAUUCGAUCAAUGUGUAAUAUCGUUGUAUACGGGACGACUAAUAGAGAGGGAAAAAUUUUCUGACAUACAAAGCGUGCCGCAAGAAUAUGAAUCGUAUUGUGCUAACGUCAGGUCGGAGCUUUGCCAGCCGAUUCGUCUGGACACGUGUAUGUGUGUACAGGAUCCGAUAACCCACAGCCGAAACUGUGCAGUCGCCGUGCAUCCCAAGUUGGCAGAAAGAAUAAUCGAUCUAUUUAAAAAUGCAGUGGAUUUAUAUGAUAAAGAGUCGAGCAAUAAUUUUCUUAGAAACUUAUUGUACACUGAAGAAUCUCCCACACCCACACAUAAACCGUUUUUCAGAAAAGAUGGCAACAAAAGCUUUGGAAUUACAAAACUGUCCAAGAGGAAUCAAAGAUCAAAUCAACGUGCUAGGAAUUGCAAAAGAAAAUUUAAUAAUAACAAAAAUCGGCUUAAUAAUCAACAAAUAACUAAUAAUUAACACUACCAAAUUAAAUGACUGAAUUGUGUAUUUUGCUUAAUGUGAUAUUAUAAAUAU